GGUCUCAUUGAGUAUUCAGCACAAUGGAUGAAAUUGACCCACCCAAAGCACAAUCAUGAGAUUUCAAACACUAGAAACAAAAAAACAUCCUGAUUUUCCAGAGAGAGAAAAAAAAAGUCACAUACAAAGAAUCAGAAUUGCUUCAGACUCACAACAGAAGCUAGAAGACAAUGAAGCCAUGUCUUCAACAUCUUGCAGGAAAAUAAAUUCCAACGUAAAAUUCUGUAUCCGGCCAAAUUCUAAAUCAAAGAUGAGGGUAAAAUAAAGAUAUCUGCAGGUUACAAGGUCUCAAAAAAUUUACCUCCCGUGCACCCUUUCUCAGGAAGCUACUGGAAGAUGUGCUCCACCAAAACAAGGGAAUAUUUAAAAAGAUGAAAACAUGGAAUACAGGACACAGGAGAGAUGUGAAAGGGGUCCUCUGUGAAGUGAAGAAGGAAGAUCUCAGGAUGACAGCAGUGCACACCAGGCAAACCCGCGCAAAUCUGAGCAGAGACCCCAGAAUCCAACAAUAGCGUGUAUACUUCCUUCAUGAAGUCUCAUCGCUGCUACGACCUGAUUCCCACAAGCUCCAAAUUGGUUGUAUUUGAUACUUCCCUUCAGGUGAAGAAAGCUUUCUUUGCCUUGGUGACUAAUGGUGUGCGAGCUGCCCCUUUGUGGGAUAGUAAGAAACAAAGUUUUGUGGGCAUGCUGACCAUCACUGAUUUCAUCAAUAUCCUGCACCGCUACUAUAAAUCAGCCUUGGUACAGAUCUAUGAGCUGGAAGAACACAAGAUAGAAACUUGGAGAGAGGUGUACCUACAAGACUCCUUUAAACCACUUGUCUGCAUUUCUCCUAAUGCCAGUUUGUUUGAUGCUGUCUCUUCAUUAAUUCGGAACAAGAUCCAUAGGCUGCCAGUUAUUGACCCAGAAUCAGGCAACACUUUGUAUAUCCUCACCCAUAAGCGCAUUCUCAAGUUCCUCAAAUUGUUUAUCACUGAGUUCCCCAAGCCAGAGUUCAUGUCUAAGUCUCUGGAAGAGCUACAGAUUGGCACCUAUGCCAACAUUGCUAUGGUCCGCACUACCACGCCUGUCUAUGUGGCUCUGGGCAUCUUUGUACAGCACCGAGUCUCAGCUCUGCCUGUGGUGGACGAGAAAGGGCGUGUGGUGGACAUCUACUCCAAGUUUGAUGUUAUCAACCUGGCAGCAGAAAAGACCUACAACAACCUAGAUGUGUCUGUGACCAAAGCCUUGCAACAUCGAUCACACUACUUUGAGGGUGUCCUCAAGUGCUAUCUACAUGAGACUCUGGAGACCAUCAUCAACAGGCUGGUGGAAGCAGAGGUUCACCGACUUGUUGUGGUGGAUGAGAAUGAUGUGGUCAAGGGAAUUGUGUCGCUUUCGGAUAUCCUGCAGGCCCUGGUGCUCACAGGUGGAGAGAAGCCCUGAGCUGGGGAAGGGGCCAGGUGGCCCCGGGCCGUGUGCCCACUCACUGCCUGCCCAAAGCUCUGCAAAUCACACAUGGAACCUUGAGAGAAUCAUGACUCUGUUCCCUGCUCAGGAGCCCCCUGCCCUUCUACCUGGGAGCUGGGGAGGAUGGAGAAUGGAUUUUUAGCUGUCCUGUCCUCACACAUACACGAGAGGAAAACUUUCAGCCCAGCCCACCCGAGCCCCUGUCCUCUUAGACAAGCAUAGCCCCUGUUCUGGGUGAACUAUGGACUCUGUGCCCCUCGGGCAAAUUCUGAUCUCUAAGAGAUCCCAGACCUCACCCAACCUUUGCCUCUAUCGCCAUCCCUGACUCCACCCUAAGAUAAUAGCACAAAGAAACUCUACAUUAAAAUAUUUUUAUUCAUCUGUUUCAUGCUGUAUGGAGGAGGCUGAGUCUACUUAGUGACAUUUCUUCCCAUAAUGGAGCAGGGAGGCUUGCGGGGAGGACAGCCUUUGGGUUCCUGUGCUGUAUGCAUAUGAAGGGAGGUGGGUUAGGUGGAGGAGGAGGGCAGAGUGGUUAGCUGAGGUUAUUGCUUUUCAUGGCAAACUUAAUUAAAAUGACAGGAACCUCUU